AUGCCGCCCUACACCAAUGUCCAAUCUCACCGCGACUCCCUCGAGCUCGCCUCCCUCGCCUCCUCCUCCCGCGUCGACUCAGCCGCCUCGGACAUUCCUUCCUCUCGACCCUCCAUCUCCUCUUCCCGCAAGCUCUCCUUCGACGCCGAAGACCCUCUUGACGCUGCGAAUCCGGCCGCGAGCGCCGGCAGACCGAACCGCCAUGACCGCUCGUAUUCCGUCUCUUCGGGCUUCGAUUUCGCCGCGAACUUGUUUCCCCUAAGCUCCACCGCCGGCGCCGGCGGCGGCGGCUACGCUCCUAUCGGCGCGCCAACCUCGACGGCAAUACAGAACGGCGGGCUCGGCGGCGGCAGCCUCGAGAAGCACAAGACGCUCACGUACCUCAAUGGCUUGAGUCUGAUCGUGGGCCUCAUCAUAGGGAGCGGCAUCUUCUCCAGCCCCAGCCAAGUGAGCUCUAAGGUCGGCUCGCCUGGCGCCGCACUCGUGGUGUGGGUAAUUGCUGGUGUGCUGGCGUGGACGGGCGCGGCGAGUUACGCGGAGCUUGGCGGCGCAAUACCGCUGAACGGCGGCGCCCAAGUUUACCUCGCCAAGAUCAUGGGCGAGAUGGCUGGGUUCCUGUUCACGUGGGUUGCGGUCCUGGUACUCAAACCCGGUAGUGCCGCCAUCAUCGCCAUCAUCAUGGGGGAGUAUCUCGUCCGGGCGGCGAUCGGCGCGGAGGCGGAGAGCCUCAGUCCGUGGGUGAACAAGGCGGUGGCCUUGGUGGCGCUGGUCGCGGUGACGGUGCUCAACUGCGUGUCGACGAAGCUGGGCACCAAGGUAAACGACUGGCUCAUGUUCCUCAAGUUCAUCGCGCUGCUAGGCGUGACUGUGACGGGCGUCGUCGUUGCAAUCACUGGCAAGACCCUGACAGGUAAGGCCAACAUGGAGUGGAAGACGCACGAGUGGUUCGCUGGCACGUCAUCGGAUCUCUCUGCUUGGGCAGUAGCCCUGUACGCGGGCCUCUGGGCCUAUGAUGGCUGGGACAACACAAACUACGUCGUUGGCGAGUUCCGCAACCCGAGCCGGGACCUCCCUCGCGUCAUCCAUACGGCGAUGCCGCUCGUGAUCUUGUCCUACGUUAUGGCCAAUAUCGCCUACUUCCUCGUGCUCCCCCAGGCCGCCAUCAACGCCUCCAACACAGUCGCGGUACAGUUCGGCGCAAAGGUAUUUGGGCCUGUCGGCUCUCUCGUGCUCGCGUUGAUCGUCUCGGCGUCUUGCUUCGGCGCCCUGAACUCGUCAACCUUCACGUCAUCGCGCCUAGUCUAUGUCGCGGGAAAAGAAGGGUACAUCCCCUCCGUCUUUGGCAGCAUCGGGCUGUCUCGGUCAGAAGGCCACUCGGUGACGACCUCGCGAACCUCGCGUGGGCGUGUUGCAAAUCUCCUAAUCCGUAUCCUCGGCGACGACGACAUGGGCCUCUUCUACACCCCCGUCUGGGCGCUUGUGCUCAACGGCCUGCUGACGGCUGCCUACAUCGUUGUGGGCGAGUUUGGCACCCUGUUGACCUUUUACGGUGUGGCGGGAUACACCUUUUACUUCAUCACAGUCCUAGGUCUGAUCAUCCUCCGUGUACGCGAGCCACAGCUCGACCGCCCAUACAAGACGUGGAUCACAACGCCCAUCAUCUUCUGCUGCGUCUCGCUGUUCCUGCUGAGUCGUGCCGUGUUCGCGCAGCCGCUGCAGACGGUGACGGUGGUGUUAUUCGUCGUCGCCGGCGUGCCCGUGUACUUUUGGCGCAUUCGCGGACGGGACCAGCAGGUCAUCAAGCGCGAGACGAGGCAUCAAUUGGAGCACGAGGGGCGUUCAUGGUGGCAGUUCUGGAAGCGUUGA